AUGAAUCGCAUGGCAAAAGCCACCACAGUUCCAGAAAGGGAGGCUGCAGAAAAAGUGUAUGAAAUGUUCGUGUGCUACGACCUUGCCACCGUAAAGACGCAACGGCUGCAAAGCGAGACGUCCAUGUUGCCGAGUGAACUGCUGCGCUCGGCCACAGAAGAGGAGAUUGUUCCGCCGGGAGCCCUGCUGGGCGCAGCAACUCAAGAUGUUGCUGCUCCGGCGGAGGCGGCCCCGAUUGGUGUUGCGCCACCGGACCUGGCUACCCAAGAAGCCAGUGCGCCGCUGGUCGCCCAAACGGACGAUCCCAGUCAAGAAGCCGCUAGUUCGCCAGUUCUCGCAGCGCAAGGACAGACUGACUGCGACCACCCCGUCCCCAAACGGCCUACAACUACUCCAGAUUCUCUGGAAAUACCAGAGGCCAACCUGGAGACACUUCUAUCGGCAGAAAUGCCAAUGGAAGAGCAACAGGCAUUAAGAAAACGGCCGGCCACCUCCGACUCAGACGAACAGUCUGUAACAACUGCGCCUGAUAGGCGACAAACCAAGAAGAAGGCUGCAACAACAGACGCCCCCACAGCACCCCCAGCAGCCGAUGAAGACGGUUUCACUGCACGGAACCAGCAGCACACUGCCAAGCCCAAGAGGCUUGAACAUGCAAACUACCGAACAGUGACCCCCACUUCGUGGCGACCGCCGCCAACCCACCCGCAGCCACCCACAAAACCGGAAAUCACUGCCGCUGGGCCACACCCACCUCCUACUUCGGCUCGCGCCGAAGACGAACAGCCAGCCCCCGUUGCUGAGAGUCUCGUCGGAGAACAGUGCAGGCCAGGUCCUGCCCCAGCGCCGCCCGCCCCCGCGGCCGCGGGCGCUAUCGCCGGCGAUCUACAGACUCUUCUACAGACACUAAACACAAUCGUGUCACAGCUUCCCACGCUAGCCUCCGCAGCUGCGACGGCCCUCCAGGCCAUCGCCCAGCCCCCCAGGCACGGAUAA